UCCUGGCAUCCCUCCCUCUGCUACUGCCAGCUAAGGACCAGCCCCAAAGCGGGUGUCAGGAUGGGCCGCGCUGCGAGAAGCCGACGCUAGCCAGAGAGGUGUGAAGAGUUGGCCAGAAUGACCAACUCUUCCACGUCCACUUCCUCCGCCACCGGGGGAUCGCUGUUGCUGCUCUGCGAGGAAGAGGAGUCGUGGGCGGGCCGGCGCAUCCCCGUGUCCCUCCUGUACUCAGGCCUGGCCAUCGGGGGCACGCUGGCCAACGGCAUGGUCAUCUAUCUCGUGUCGUCCUUCCGAAAGCUGCAGACUACCAGCAACGCCUUCAUCGUGAACGGCUGCGCCGCCGACCUCAGCGUCUGCGCCCUCUGGAUGCCGCAGGAGGCGGUGCUCGGGCUCCUGCCCGCGGGCUCCGUGGAGCCCCCCGGGGACUGGGACGGCGCCGGGGGGAGCUACCGCCUGCUGCGGGGCGGGCUGCUGGGCCUCGGGCUCACCGUGUCCCUCUUGUCCCACUGCCUGGUGGCCCUGAACCGCUACCUGCUCAUCACCCGGGCGCCCGCCACCUACCAGGCGCUGUACCAGCGGCGCCACACGGCCGGCAUGCUGGCGCUGUCCUGGGCACUCGCCCUGGGCCUCGUGCUGCUGCUCCCGCCCUGGGCGCCGCGUCCCGGCGCCGCGCCCCCGCGCGUCCACUACCCGGCGCUGCUGGCCGCCGCGGCGCUGCUAGCGCAGACGGCGCUGCUGCUGCACUGCUACCUGGGCAUCGUGCGCCGCGUGCGCGUCAGCGUCAAGCGGGUCAGCGUCCUCAACUUCCACCUGCUGCACCAGCUGCCCGGCUGCGCCGCCGCCGCCGCCUUCCCGGGCGCCCCUCACGCGCCAGGCCCGGCUGGUACCGCGCACCCGGCUCAGGCCCAGCCCCUGCCCCCAGCGCUGCACCCGCGGCGGGCGCAGCGGCGUCUCAGCGGCCUGUCGGUGCUGCUGCUCUGCUGCGUCUUCUUGCUGGCCACGCAGCCGCUGGUGUGGGUGAGCCUGGCCAGCGGCUUCUCGCUGCCCGUGCCCUGGGGUGUGCAGGCGGCCAGCUGGCUCCUGUGCUGCGCUCUGUCCGCGCUCAACCCGCUGCUCUACACGUGGAGGAACGAGGAGUUCCGCCGCUCCGUGCGCUCCGUCCUGCCCGGCAUCGGCGAUGCGGCGGCCGCUGCCGCCGCCGCCACGGCUGUGCCUGCGGUGUCCCAGGCGCAGCUGGGCACUCGCGCCGCAGGCCAGCACUGGUGACCCGGGCAGGGCGGGCGGGAAGCGGAGAUUCCCAGCUUCCAUCGCCCUUGGGCACCACCGCCUCGUGAUCUUGGAAAGCAUCCCCUGCCUGAACGAAGACUCCUGCGGGUGAAGCUCAAUAAUACAUCGGUGCGAAGAUUUCGCCUUCGACCCCAGUGGGAUACCUGAACCGAGGUUUCCGUAUACGGGGGUCCGCGAAGUCAUUUUCGACGGCCACCUGAUUUUUACCCUUCGUUUGCGUGUUUUGGAGAAAUCCUAAAGUCAAAACACCGGGAAACUUCAGGAACUUGCACACUGACAUUUUGAAAGAACCGGUUAAUUUCUUUCAACACUGUUUUGGAAAAACAGCUUUGAUAACAUAAUUACCAUUC